AUGCGAGCUGCUACUGCAACAGCAAGAAGAACGGCUGCACGCAUGCGUGCGGCCGUGGAAAGUGCCUCUCACGCCUCAGCAGCAGGCGACGAAUCGCCUGUUGUCGUGAAUCCUCCACGUGGUGAGUCACCACGUGCGACAGGUACAAUCGUUGCGUCUGCAGCGGGUACCUCGAACCGUAAUCCAGACGAGUCUGAGAUAGAGCUCAUCUAUUCAGGUGAGUCGGAUAGUGCAUCCGAUCCGAAGGCGACACCUCACGCCUCCGAAUCACCCGGGGCGGACACUGCAAGAGCCAGGCUGAAUAGCUCUGGUCAGCGCGGCAGCAUCAUGACCGAGAUCUUCGGAUCGAGUAAUUACUCCGAUGAGUCUCCGCCUUACGCAAAUCCAUCCAACGACAGGACGCGUGGAGAUGGUUGUGAUGCACCUAUGCAUCACCACGAGCGAAGCAACUCAAAGGAUUGGGGUAAUACUGGUGCCAGUGCUCAUGCUGGCACCAAUCAAGAGGCCAGGGACCGAAAUGUGUUGCGCCACGCUCCCCAAGUGGAGUCUCCGUGGAUGCCGUUAUCCAGAGAGUUGGACCGGUAA